CUGAGGCGUCAACUGCCGCCCGCCAUGGCAGAGCUGGGCCUUAACGACCACCAUCAAAAUGAAGUGAUCAAUUAUAUGCGGUUUGCUCGUUCAAAGCGGGGCUUGAGACUCAAGACUGUAGAUUCCUGCUUCCAGGACCUUAAAGACAGCAGGCUAGUGGAUGAGACCUUCACGAUAGACGAAGUAUUUGAAGUGCUGAAUGACUUGCAGUCGGUGGUUCACAGUGAAGUGGAAUCCGAACUCAUUAAUACUGCAUAUACAAAUGUAUUACUUCUACGACAACUCUUUUCACAGGCUGAAAAAUGGUACCUUAAACUACAAACUGACAUUUCUGAGCUGGAAAACCGAGAACUUCUAGAACAAGUUGCUGAGUUUGAAAAUGCAGAAUUUACAUCUUCAAAAAAGAAGUCUACUUUAGAGAACCUGAAGCCAAAACUUGCUCCACUUAAUGAAGUUGGAAUAUCUGAACUUCUAAACAAGGAAAUUACAAGGCUCCAAGAAGAGAAUGAAAAAUUGAAGUCAAGACUCAAGACUGUAGAAGUCCAGGCUACCAGUUUACUGGAUGAGAAGUCAAAACUUGAACACGCACUGAAAGAUUUACAGAUUGUCCAAGGAGACCAAAAAGCCGUUAUAAAAUCACAAGAUAUUAGUAACUUGGAAGACACAGUUGCAGCUUUGAAAAGUGAGUUCCAGAGAACACUAAAUGACACUGCUGAAAAUCAAAAGUCUUUGGAAGAGGACUUAGUGACAAGCAAACAUGACUUACUCAAGGUUCAAGAACAAUUGCACUUGACUGAAAAGGAACUGGAGAAGAAAUUCCAACAAACAGCAGCAUAUCGUAAUAUGAAAGAGAUUCUCACCAGGAAGAAUGACCAAAUAAAAGACUUACGGAAAAGACUUGCAAAAUAUGAAACUGAAGAUUAAGAAAUGUGAAGAUUUUUUUUUUUUUUUGGUCCAUCAGAAAGCUGCCACAAAAUAACACAGACUGUUGGGUUCCUGAUUCCUGAAGGGAUGUGUGUACAUUUUGGAACAUUUUUCUUUACCUUUUUCUAAUAUUUUUUAAGUUUUUAGUUUUCCCGUUCUCACUUGCUUUACCAAGCGAAAAGAACAAUACUCUUGAAUCCCUUUUUUUUUUGCAUCCUUACUUUCUUUCUCUCUGGGUCAUAUCUUUGCCAUUUUUGUGUUUUUAGAACUUACUCAUGGACAUAUCUGUGUACUAUAAGGGGAAAUAAAAAUCUUAUACCCUCUGCCAGCUACUGAAGGGAAGGAAGCCAUCUGAGCCCCAGUGCAUUUGAAGGUCAAAGGACAAGUUUUAACUGUUAAUAUUUUAAUUCUCGCUUUUAAAAGGUAAAAUAUAAAUCCAGUAGAAGACAAUACACUGUUCAACAUCAUAAAAUUGAGUGUGCAGUUCAGUCAUUUGUCCUGAGAGGCUUGUGUCCCUCAGCAGUUAGUCUAUUCACACCACCUGCCCUUUGACAGAAUUGUACCACAGUCAUUUUUGGACUUAGCUGUUUGGCAGUUAAAACUGUACUAAAAAGGUUUUGGCCGUACAGCAUCCUGCCAAAGAAUCUUUUCAGAUAUUAACUGUGCCCCUCAUAGGGCACUUUGGUUUAACCGUGGUUGCCCUCUUCCCUUCCAGGACCUCAACGUUUUUGUAAUAGAGGCUUUUCAAUGGAGAAUUGUAAAGGGUGAGAUCGGCUGGCCUUUCUUCAGGAGAAUACAAGACAAAUUAAUUGCAUAAUAAUCUAGGGAAUCAAGAAAAAGUAGGAAAAACAUAGUCUUAAGUGCAAAGUACUGUUAUUCCAGACUCUAUCUGUGCUUCCCCUUCCUUCCAUCUACCACCUAUGUAUCCUUUUAAAUUCAUGUGUUUGAGCACUAUGCACUCUGCCUGCCUUCAUCCUUUUACUCUGAAUCUUUUUUUCAGUGUGUUCAUUUUUUGCACCUCACAGGCUUGUAAUGUUCAACUUCAAUCCAACUUACACAAAAGUCAGAAACCGUGUCGUUACCUGAUUAGGCAGUGAGUGAAUCAUUUAGAAAUCUGUGUUCUUCCCAUAUCUUCCUUAGGUAAUUGCCAGUUGGAAUGGAAGCUGACUUUGCAGUGCUAGCUAUAUAGAGCUUAUUAGCUAUGCCUUAUUGAUAUCUUGAGUUUUUGUAGCUACUCUGAACUUUUCCACACAGUACACCCUAUUCCCAUUCUACAAUAAUGGGCCAAAUCAGUAGUAGUAUUUUUUUGAGAGCUUAGACUCUCUCAGUACAUAGCAUUAAGAUAAAGUAAUUGGAUGUGGUCUGACAUACUCUGCUAGUGUGCUGACUCUUCCACAUUGUCUUCAGUAAUUAAGCCCUUUGAUAGCUAUUCCUGGGCCUUUGCUAUUUUUUUUUCAGCUGGAAAACGUUUAGCAAAGCAUAAUUUUAAAGGCUUAUUUCUAUGCUAGUUAAAAUUUAGAAUUGUAUAAUUUGAUUCAUUUAGGUUUCUUCUUUUAGGUCUCUACUUCUCUUGAUGAGAAAUGUUUAAAUUGUAACUGAACAGCUCCAUGACUACUUCUCUUGAUGAGAAAUGUUUAAAUUGUAACUGAACUGCUCCACGACGUACAUAUGUUAUAUGCAGUUAGUGUGUUGAUAACCUCCCAACACUACCUUAGCCUGUCACGGUUGUUUGGCUCUUGCUAAAUUGGAAAGACCAGAUGGACUGUGGACUGCAUAGAAAUAUAUAUGGAUCAGGAGUGUUCAUUUGUUCUGUUCAAUUCACCUAUAUUUAUCAUUUUAUUUCUUACCUUGUAUUGCACUAGCAAUCGGAUUAAAUAUAUCUUUAAAUUAA